GGACCACACAGCCAUGGAAGAUGCAUCGACGGAGCAAAACACAGCGGCGGCGGCCGCGACCAUGCCCAUGUCGCGUUUAGGAGCGUAUGAAAACGCCGUGGAGUUGGUUGAGACGGCGACGGAGGAGAUACUACUUCUGUGGGCGUUGCAGCAACCGGCGUCGCGGCGGCAGAAUCUCUUCGUUAGACACUCGUCGCAAACCCUCGCAAUCGACGCCUGCGGCCAACACCUUACCAUCCACCAGUCCCCUUCCUCCAUGAGCACGCCUGGAGUUACCGGGGCCGUGAUGUGGGACAGCGGAAUUGUUCUCGGCAAGUUCUUGGAGCAUUCUGUGGAUUCGGGAACCCUACGUCUCCAUGGAAAAAGAAUCAUCGAACUCGGUGCUGGCUGCGGCUUAGUUGGCUGUAUAGCAGCUCUCUUGGGCGCAGAUGCCGUUCUGACUGACUUACCUGAUCGGCUGAAGCUUUUGAAGAAAAAUGUAGAUCAGAAUGUGGAGAAAGGAAAUAGGCGUGGUUCAACGCUAGUCACUGAGCUUGUAUGGGGUGAUGAUCUGGAUCAGGAGCUGCUUGAUCCCUUGCCUGAUAUUGUUCUUGGAUCAGAUGUUGUGUACAGUGAAGGAGCAGUCGAAGAUCUAUUGUUGACACUAAAACAAAUUUGUGGGUUUCAGACAACAGUUUUUUUGGCCGGGGAACUCCGAAAUGAUGCUGUGCUCGAGUACUUCUUUGAGGUUGCAAUGAAAGAGUUUCUCAUCGGUCGAGUUGAUAAGACACAAUGGCAUCCUGAUUACCGUAGUGAUCGAGUAGCACUUUAUGUUCUCGUAAAGAAAUGAUAGAAAAUCCUUUGGUGAGAUGAAGCCUUGGGCGUGCUUCAAUACUUCUUGGAAGUUGCAAUUGAAAUUUCUUGUUGGUCGAGCUGAUAAGAGGUAAUGACAUCCUGAUUACUGAAGCGAUCGAAAUAGCACUUUCUGUUCUUUUAAAGAAAUGACAGGAAAAUUGCUAUUUGAUCAAUCUGUAAUUUCGUUUUUCUUACUUAUAAUAUUUAUUUGUAGCAUAAUCUCGUGUUGCAGUAUAGACUUACCCUACUUGCAAUCAAGUUACAUGUACCAGAAUUUGACAUGGAAUGCUCAUUUUGUUGCAGAAUCAUGCAUCUAUAUUUGCUA